AUGAAGACGACUAUUGGAAUAUUAUUUGUAUGCAUCAGCGCAACGUGUGGAUUUCUGUUCGCAGCUGGCUCUGGACCUGAAUGGAAUACUCUAGGUACUACUUGGGGUCCAAAUCCAUUGAAUCGUCAAUAUUUUGCUAAACAACCACUAACAAUUGACGAAGCCCGAAACAGUGGUUUCGAACAGAUUUCAACUGGAUGUGAAGGCAAAUUUCUUGGGCAACGUUUUAUUCAAGGAAAAGAUAUCGGUUUAAUUUUAAUCUAUGAUAGCAAAGGUUUCAUUGCUGGUACGCAAAUGGCUGUUCCCGUUUCUUUGAUCACCACUGAUUACUAUAAAUAUACAGAACAGAAAAUGUUCAACCGGGAUACGGUUGCCGGUAUUGAUGCUUACAUCUUAACAGCAUAUUUUGUUGAUCCCAAAACAAUCUGUGCGUCAGGCGACAGUAGCAACCAACGAGUAAAAGGUUCAGUAGGCACAGGACUUUGGUUACAAGAUGGCGCCGAUCCAAUUCGUGAUUCCGUUGCUAUACCAAUGAGUCAAAAAGAUGCGACCACAACAAAAUGGGUUCAAGGUGCAUGUUUUCCAUCGAUGGGUGUACAUUUUUGGUAUGACAAUCGACUUGAUUCUGAUUGUACGAGAUACUUUCCUGCUUUCCUUCUGUACAAUAAAGAGAAAUUGACAGGAUUUGGUUGGGCUAUAUUUGGUAAAUACGAAUUUACAAAACGAACUGAAUUUCCACCUUUAGCAGCCAUUAGCUCAUUUUUAAAACCUGUUCCAACAUGUAUGCCCGACAAAUAUGCAGAAGUUGGUGGUUUCACAACCAUGCAUAUGUAUUUUAAUACAGCAGCAUGGAAUUUACUGUGUUAA